CGAGUAUUUUACCGUAGAAUUAGAUGGCAUGGAGGCAUUACACUAAAUACAUCAUCGUCUACUUGUCCUUCUUGGACUCCCCCUGCGGGUCUUUCGCAUCCGCACCCUCCUCCAUGACCUGGCCAUAUUCGUUGAUUCGCUUCGGGUCAACGCGGUAGAUCCAUCGCUGGAAAGCAUCGCGAAAAUCAGGAAUACAACAUCGUCUCGGAAACAUGCUAGCCGGUGCAGGAAGGGCAUCUUGAUACAGAAUCUGGUGCGAACAGUCAGCAAUGAGCAGCUUGCGCAUUCCAAGUCAAACGCACGCAAAGAAGUCAUCAACCACAGUCCCGAGAGUCUUGUAGAUCAUCGCUUUCAUGGGCAUGUGUGAGACGCUCUGCGUGGAAGUAAUGAGACAGUGAAGAUAGAGGAAGAGGUCCGGCGCACCUUGAGCUUGUAGUUGAUGAUCAACUGCGGAACAAGUUGCGCCUGGUAGGCAGCGUCAGCGAAACCAGCUUACUGCGGACACAGAAGCUGGACUCACAAAGCCAAACAUAUACACGAACG